AUGGCUGUGCAGAAGAAACAGAGUGUCGUCCCUCCAUCGCAGGGACCACUUUCUACACGUACCAUCGAGAACCAAAGGAAGAGGAAUGGAUCUGAGAGAACAGGAGACAAACCCAAACAAAAUUCACAGACAAGGAAAACAGCCUGCUCUGUCAACAAGCCUGCCCAAAUCUGCAACACAGCCUUGCCACGGCCAAAUGCAGUGGCCAGUGGACCAAAUGUUGAUGAGAGGCUGAGGGCAGCACAGGAAAGAAGAGAAGAGCACCAGAAGUUGCUUGCCUCUCGGGAGCUGAGCAGGGCGGAGCGGGAGCAGCGGGCUUUGCAAUACUAUGAGCAACAACUGCAGCAGCGCAAGAAGAAACUCCUGGAGCAGAGGCUCAAAGAGGAGAGGAGGCGAGCCGCUGUGGAAGAGAAGCGCAAGCAGAGGCUGAAGGAGGAGAAAGAGCGUUAUGAAUCUGCAGUGCGUAAGACACUGGAGAAGAGCCAAAGGGCCCAGCAGAACCUCAGUCAAAACUCCAGAGGAAGGAAACUCUCCAAGAACGUUCCACGUCGCUCACCACUGACAACAUGGGAGAAGAACUUGGUCAGUCGCCUGCUUACCCCCACAUGCUCUUAUCUGGCCAGGAGCAAGAGUGCUGGUUGUCAGUCAGGAGGAGAAGUUUCAUUUCACUCCAUGACUACCACCACCACCACCACUACUACCACCCCUCACAAGCCCCAGCAACACUCUGGUUCAGUCCAGAAGAGGCCGUCUGCCUCCCCCAGUCCCAACAACAGCCAGCAUAGAAGCACCAGUCUGGCACAGACUAGAUCAGCAAGACAGAAAGACACGACAAAGAAGAGCUCAACCACUGGGUUAAAUACUAGAUCACCUGCCGUCAAGACCGCGGUCAAACCAGCCGCAGUUACAAAAAGCAGGACAGCUUCUCCCUCACCUGAACGGACCCCCCGAAGAUCAAUCAGCAGACACUCAACCCCGCUGCAGCUCGAGCUCCCCUCGGUCCCUGAGGAAGAUGCUGCCAUUUGUAGUUCUGCCCUCUCUCCUGGUAACUCAAGGCCUGUCAGGACAUCAGCUGAAGGUCAGAAAGAGAAAAUGAGGAAUGAAAAUCCACCAGAGGCUCCAUGUUCGAACCUGCCCGACACAAAGACAGAAGCUAUAACCAGAACAGCAGGAGAUGGAAGUCUUCCCCAAGAGCCUACUCGUCCAGCUCCACAGCCUCCUGAAAUCCCGUGCAGGCCUUCGGCCGGGACCACAGACCCAGAGGAGGCCUCACGCCUCCUGGCUGAAAAGAGGAGAGAGGCCCGACUACAACGGGAGAGAGAGGAGCAGGAGCGUCUGCAAAGAGAGGAGGCCGAAAGGCGGUGUCGUGAAGAACUGGAGCGCAGGAGGGCAGAGGAGCGAGCACGACAGCAGGCCGAGGCUCAGCGUCUCAUAGAGGAGAAGAGGAGAAGGGAGGAAGAGGAGCAGAGACGAGCUGAGGAAGAAAGAGCUCAGGCUAUGAGGGAAGCUGCCCUUUUGCAAAAACAGAGAGAGGAGGAACAAGCCAAAGAGAGGGCAAAAGCAGAGCAGAUCAAACAAGAGCGAGAAAUACUCGCACAGAAAGAGGAGGCAGCACGCCAAGCAAGAAAAAAGCGACUUGAGGAGAUCAUGCGGAGAACCAGAAGGACAGAUUCUCCAGAUACGAAAUCUGUACCAGUGAGGACCUUGACAAAUGAAACCCAACCAAAGGAGAACACAGAGCCUGUGCACAAUGGCACUAUAGAGAAUGCCGUCAAGCUGCCAGGGGGGACUAAGACCUCACAGCUGGGGCUGAAUAAUGAGGAGGACAUGGUACCUGUUGUGGCCUUCAAAGAACGCAGGUCUCUGAGGACUCUCACAGGCCUGGAGGAAAUCCAGACCCACCAACGAGCAGAGGUCAUCUGAGAACCUGCAGAGUGGGCAGACGUUCAAAGACUUUGUUGGAGAGCAGUGAUUUCCCUGCGAAACACAGGAACAGCCAUUGUGCUGCCUCUUGUGAAACAGCAUGUAAAACUACAGCCUUGCCUCUCACUG